GUCAAAGAAAUAAGAAGAAAACCAAAAUCAUAAAACGGGGAAAAAAAUAUGGCAAUGUUGAUGAAAAGAAUUGCUGCUAACUUGACCAAAGCCACAGCAAAACCUGCCCCUCCUUUUUCUUCCAAAAUCCAUUCUUUCACCCGUCGCUCACUUUCUGCAGAAGACGAUCUGGUCUAUUCCGACCCACCUGUGUCAACCACCGUAAACCCCCUUUUGCCCAACAUCCUUCAACCACGUGUCGUCAUCUAUGAUGGGGUCUGCCAUCUUUGCCACCGAGGGGUGAAGUGGGUGAUUAAAGCGGACAAAUACAGGAAGAUCAAGUUCUGCUGCGUCCAGUCAAAAGCUGCUGAACCAUACUUGAGUGUUUGUGGUGUUGAACGAGAGGAUGUUCUUCGGCGUUUUGUUUUCAUUGAAGGCCUUGGUGUUUAUCACCAAGGUUCCACUGCUGCACUGAGAGUACUGUCCUACUUGCCACUUCCCUACUCUGCUCUAAGUGGAUUCUCGAUAAUUCCAACUCCAUUGAGGGAUGCUGUCUAUGAUUAUGUUGCCAAGCGGCGUUAUGACUGGUUUGGAAAGAGUGAAGACUGCCUAGUUUUGCAAGAGGACGAGAUCUUGGAGCGUUUCAUAGAUAGAGAAGAAAUGAUGGCUCGUAAUCAAUGGAAGUUUUAACUCAGAUUCCGUCCGAUACAAUUAAACAAGUUUAUUUUUGGCAGAUGUCCUUGGUUACAAUAUUUUCUCAGUUGGAGCUAAAGAUAAUAUAGUAAUCAAUGUUACUAGUUAAAUAAGAUUCUUUCCAACUGAUUGCAAUAGAUUACUAAGCUUUAUUAUCUCACCAUAUGGUCCAAACAUUAUAUUGAAUUUUGGCCAAAAAAACAAUCUAUAUUGGACUUCACCAUAUUAUUGAAGUUGGAAGUGUUCAGGCAUCCGAUCAUUUAACUCAAUAGGUGCUA